CUGGCCCUGCGUGACGUCACAGAUGCUUAGUCCCCGGCCGGCCGAGGUGAGAGACAGUCAGUGCGCGGAGCUCGGGGGGACCGGCUGGGAAACUGCUGCUCAGAUCAUGGACCGCGAGACCGGAGCCCAGAGAUGCGCAAAGGCCACUUGAAUCCCGGGAAAUAGUCAUGACUUUGUACCCGGAGCACUCGGAUUUAUUCUACAACCUCUCUGUCCCUUAUUGGCCCCCAGCAAUGGAAAAUGACACUUGGGAAAAUGAGUCAAACGCCAGCAACCAGACCGUGGACGAAACCACCAUGGAAAUCCCUGGAAAGUACCAGACAAUGGAAAUGAUCUUUAUCGCCACCGUCACUGGUUCCCUUAGUUUGGUCACGGUGGUGGGCAACAUUCUGGUCAUGCUCUCCAUUAAAGUCAACAGACAGCUACAGACAAUCAACAAUUAUUUCCUCUUCAGCCUGGCCUGCGCUGACCUUAUCAUUGGUGUGUUCUCCAUGAAUCUCUACUCUCUCUACAUUAUCAAGGGUUACUGGCCACUCGGACCUAUUGUGUGUGACCUGUGGCUGGCUCUGGACUAUGUGGUGAGCAAUGCUUCUGUGAUGAACCUCCUCAUCAUUAGUUUUGAUAGGUACUUCUGCGUGACCAAACCACUGACUUACCCAGCUCGAAGAACCACUAAGAUGGCAGGGCUGAUGAUUGCAGCAGCUUGGCUUCUCUCCUUUGUGCUCUGGGCCCCUGCUAUUCUCUUCUGGCAGUUUAUUGUAGGACAGAGGACAGUGGCAAGUGGGGAAUGUUACAUCCAGUUUCUUAGCAACCCGGCAGUCACCUUCGGCACAGCCAUUGCUGCCUUCUACCUUCCGGUGGUCAUUAUGACUAUACUCUACAUCCACAUCUCUCUGGCCAGCAGGAGCAGAGUCCGCAGGCACUGUCCAGAAACCCGUCAGGAGAAAAAAAAGCCAAUUAGCUCUAUGAAAAGCCCUCUAAUUAAGCAAACCAAGAACCUGCCCAAAAAAGGAGCUGGAGAAGAGGUGGUUGAAAAAAAGAAUGGAGUGAGCAAUGGCAAGAUUGAGAAAUCAAUGACCAACCUCCAGACAGCUGAAGAAAAGGAGACCUCAAAUGAAUCCAGUUCAGCCAGCCUAUCUCACCACCCUCCAGAGAAGCAGCCUUUAAGCGACGCCCCUUCAGGGGUUGUCCUGGCCCCAACCCAGAGCAUGCCACCACUGGCUCCAACAGCGAAUACCUCUUCAAAGUGGUCCAAGAUCAAGAUUGUCACCAAGCAGUCCGGCAACGAGUGUGUGACAGCUAUUGAGAUUGUUCCGGAAUGCGCAAUUCCUUUGUCUCAACAGGCCAACAACAGGCCAGUCAACGUUGCAAGAAAGUUUGCCAGCAUCGCCCGCAACCAGGUGAAAAAAAAGAGGCAGAUGGCGGCCAGGGAGAAGAAGGUAACCAGGACCAUCUUUGCUAUCCUACUGGCCUUCAUCAUUACCUGGACACCCUACAAUGUCAUGGUCUUGAUCAACACCUUCUGUCAGACGUGCAUCCCUGAAACCGUUUGGUACAUCGGGUAUUGGCUGUGUUAUGUCAACAGCACCAUAAACCCAGCCUGCUAUGCCCUUUGCAAUGCCACCUUCAAGAAGACUUUCAAACACCUCCUCAUGUGUCAGUACAAAAGCAUUGGCAUGGCCAGAUAGACAACAAUGACUAUAAGUUUGCUGACCUGUUGGCAAGGAGUAGGUAUUUCAGAAGCCUUGAGCAUGAUACGCCCGGCGAGCAAGUCUUCUGAAAUUACCUCAGUGCCAACACAGGCUGAGAUUCCAGCGGGAGGCAUUUGCACUAGUAAUAAGCUGAGCUGGCAGUUAGGCAGAUGGGAAGCGGCAAUUGUACAGUCAAGUACCCGGGAUAAAGACUUGUACAAAGUCAAGACAAACUGAUUGUGUGCCACACUGAGGAGGGCAGUGGGCAACAACCAAGCACCUUGUGGUUUACAAAUUCUUCAGUCUGGGGAGAUUUACAACUUCCGUUACCCAAUAGACUUUGGCCGGGUGGGGUACGCAGACUUGAUCCGUGGCUGGUGUGUUAAAUACCCCCUUUCUACCUCCCCAUGGACUUUUGGUUUCUUGUAGACACUAAUGAGCUGUACCCUCAACUCACUGUGACAAAUGGUUCAAAUGUAUGUUCCCUUUACAGGGGUACUAUCAAAAUACAUGCCAUCCACUUUUAUUAGAAUAAUUUUUUUUUUAGUAAAUUGGAAGUUAUCCUUAAAGGAUAAGUAAACCUUUAAAAUAAGUGAUUGUAAAAUUGUUGA